AUGUCGUCGCCGACCAAGAAGGGCGCCAUCCCUCGCGCCCUCACAGAGAUUUCCCCAUCCGAGAAGCGGAGAAAUUCCCCGAGCUGGAACCAAACAACAAAGAAGAUGAACUUCCAGCAGGAUUCCUCUCCUUUCCAGUCCUCGCCUCUUGAGGCCAAGACGUCACCGAGGGUCUUCUGGCAGAAUCGUAACUCGAGCACCGAGAAUAGCCUGUACGGUGGGCACUCCGGCUCUCCUUCGCCACUCCGACGCUCCUCCCUAGAGCGCCUCCAGAAGGCAUCCAGGGUAAAGAACAGCAACAUUCUCGCCCUAGAGCAGAAGCAGGAAUACGAUCCUACCCGUAUUCCCCAUAUUGAGCGGCCCCUUGCUAAGGUUCAAGGGAAUGCCUUCGGCGGAAGAGGGGCUCUUGGCCUGCGCUCCGAGGCGCCAGCAGCCUCUGAAAGGAAAGGCCACCAAAGGAGCCAAAGCAAGACCGAUAUUCCUUUGUACAGCCCCGCGAAGACCGCUGCUCCAGAAUCUUCCCAAACGGACAACCCACCCCAGACGCCAAAGAGGGAGCAAGGCUCACCUAUCAAGUCCUCUCUCUCCACCUCUAGGUUCAAGAGUAGCUUCGACGAAGCCACAGGAACUUGGACUAUGGAGUCGCAGGCUGAGACGUAUCGGACCCUCCAUCGACACACCAAGAGCGUCACCUUCGAUGCUGCACCUCCCCAAGUGAAUGAGUAUGAGAUGGCGACUCCCGACUUGUCAUCUAUUGGUUCCAACUCCCGCGAGGGUAGCUAUGAGUCGGAUGAGGACGAUGAGUACAACCCGUUCUACCACCAUCAUGAGGGUGACGAAGCAGACGACAGCUUCGAUGCCUCGCUUGAGGAUACAGAUAAGACUCCUGUAGUGGGGCCGGAUGACUGGCGACACGACAGCCCAAUGAGAGGCGGUGACGACCCUUUCUAUGACUCUAGCCCUGCCCCCGAGGGCAUGCUUACCCGAGCUUCAGUCGGACACCAAACUCAUCAGCGAACCGAUUCCAGCAACUCGAACUCCGAACACAGACCUCUUCCCCCUCUGCCUGGGAUGGGUUCUGGUUCGUUCUCGCGGGGCUCUCCCGGACUUUCGGCUACUGCUGAGAGGAUGCUUGGCUCUCACAGGAGCCUGCCCUCGCCACCCCCGGCCCCGGUUAGCAAGUCUGAGAUCCAAAACAUUGGCAACGGCAAGAUGACUCUCGAGGAACGGUUGAAGCUUAUGAUGCUCUCCGAUGACGGUAAUGCCGCUAAGACCGCUGCCGAACAGCAACGUGAGCGUCGCAUGCGCCGGGCUGGUGCUCGAGACAGGUUCGGUAGCCCGUCCUCCGAGACGACGGACACAGCCAGCCAGGCUGCCCUUGAGGCUGAGGAAGAAGGUGACACUAUUGGCGAUAUCUCUGGCUUGGAGGAGUACCAGCUUCCUCCUCGCAUUUCCCGCGAGUCCAUUCUUCGCCGUGUCAAUGGCAAUCGCAUUUUUGACAGAGAAUCGGAUUACCACUUCUCCUCGCCUCCUCCUUUCAGCCCCGAGCGCCCUCUUCCACUAGAUCCUGAUGUUCCCAUCCCAUCUACCGAAGAGGACUCUAUUCUGGAUGAUGAUCAAGGUAGCGUUAUUGUCCGACCUGAUUUGGCUGAAAGGGAGGACAGCUACUCGUACCGAGAGAUUUCUAUGGAUCAAGAUGAGGAGCUUGUCAUCCACGAGGACAAGGAUGAUGACUCGGCUAGCCACUACUCUGAGAGCGCAGCUUCUGUUCAGGCUGCGGAGCAACAGAAGAUGGAGGACAUGGAAGAUCCCGCCGAGGAAGAUCUCACUCCACACGCUAGCCCUAUCGAGGAGAAACUGCCUCUCCCCGAGGAGGCUGCCGCUCCUCCUAACCGACCCAGUUUAAACGGCCCAGUUCUCCCUCGCCCCGACCAAAUCGAAGGACCUACGAUGGCGGAGGCCCAUGCUUACCUCCAGCGACCAUUCACUCCUGAUGAGCGACCUCCUCUCUCAAAACCUGAGUAUGACGGCUCUGGGUGGGGAGAACCUGAUGAGUAUGAGGACGACGAGUCUGUUUCUGGAUCGGUGAUCCACCACCCUGUCAACGACUACGAUGAGGAGGAAGAGGAACAGGAGGAGGAAGAAGAGGAGGAGGAGGAGGAGGAGACACCUCCGACUCCUGAAAUCCCUGAGCAACUAGCCACUAUCAAGUCCGCCUCUGGCUCGAAGCUGAGGACUCGUCCCUCGGCAACCCCCUCUGACAUUAUGGCCAUGCGAGAGGCUAGGCGGCAAGUGAGCCGUGAGCUCGCCCCAGAAGUUCCUCCCAUCCCCGAGCGCCACCUGAGCCGACGCUCUCGUGAUCUUGAGAACGAUUUUUCCAGCAGCACGGAGGACUACUUGGAGAGACACCCCAGCUUUAAGAAGCGCAGUCUCACGUUGGAUCUUGACUUGGGCCUGAGUCUCGAUCAGGAUUUCGACAGGGUUAUUGAGGCACAAAAGGUGGCUUUUAACCAACUCCUAAACGAUUCGCCAGAGAAGGCCACAAGUAGUGGCCACCAAGCCGGACAAGCGUCGGGCACUGCGACUAAAAAAGAUGCGUCGUUAGAAUUACAGAAUGCUAACUCUACUACUCAAAAACAGCGUGGCUACCUCAUGCGCCAGAACACCAAGCUCGUUGCCGCGAGCGACAAGGAUCCUGAUGAUAGGUGGAAGGCUCGAUCUGCCGGCAACUCACCCGUCAAGGCUGACCGACCCCAGUCGUGGACUGUUGAGCCUUGGAAUGGUAAGGUUCGACCAAGGAGUGUUAGGAAGCGACAUGGUGGUAUGAGUGGACCAGUCCCUCCUCUUCCGGGCCAGGAGAGCAAUGCCGUUGGACUGAAUCCUCUCGCGGAGGAGGACUUUAACGCUGAGCUUGCUACCGAAGAAAGCGGCGAGAGGGGACGAUUGUUUGUCAAGGUGAUGGGUGUCAAGGACCUCGACUUGCCACUUGCCAAGACUGAGAGGACAUGGUUCAGCUUGACGCUGGAUAACGGUGUGCACUGCGUUACGACGGCCUGGCUUGAACUUGCCCGCAACGCGCCCAUCGGCCAAGAGUUUGAGCUCGUGGUUCCUAAUGACCUCGAGUUCCAGCUCACGCUUAAUGUGAAGCUCGAGAAGCCUGCUCCUGCUCCCAUUGCUGCUUCUCCCACCAAGGCCAAGGCCACCAAGACCAAGACUUCGACCUUUGGUCGCAUGUUCGCGUCGCCGAAGAAGCGCAGGGAAAUGGAGAUGCUAAGGCGGGAGGAGGAGCAAAGACUCGCCAUGCAGAGAGAUGCCCAGACCCGUCAACUAAACGCAGCCCCUUCGGCCUACGACCUCCUCUCUCCCCUUGUCGCCGAGGACGGUAGCUUCGCUCGCUCCUACGUCUGCCUCAAGGAGCACGAGUCGAGGUGCUUCGGUCGACCCUACCUCGUUGAAGUUGCCUGCUUCAACGAGUGGGCCACUGAGGAGGCCGGCUUCGCGUCGAGCGUCAAGAGCAAGCGCGGGACGACGGCCGUCGUCAGGCGUGCGCCGUACAAGAUUGGCAAGCUUGAGCUCCAGCUCCUCUUCGUCCCCCGACCCAAGGGAUCUACCGAUGAUGAUAUGCCCAAGAGCAUGAACUCGUGCAUUCGGGAGUUGAAGGCCGCCGAGGAACGUCUUUCCAGGAAUUGGGAGGGCCAUCUCAGCCAGCAGGGUGGUGACUGUCCUUACUGGCGUCGUCGUUACUUCAAGCUCGUCGGUACCAAGCUGACAGCUUAUCACGAGGCUACUCGCCAACCUCGUGCGACUAUCAACUUGGGCAACGCCAAGCGUCUCAUUGAUGAUAGGCGCACACUAACAGAAAAGGAGACAACCGGCAAGGGAGGCAAGCGCCGUCGAUCUGCAUUCGCCGAAGAAGAGGAAGGUUACAUGUUCGUCGAAGAGGGCUUCCGCAUCCGUUUCAACAAUGGCGAAGUCAUCGACUUCUACGCCGACACAGCCGAAGACAAGGAAGGCUGGAUGAAGGUCCUCGGCGAGCUCAUCGGCCGUGGUGACACAGGCAGCAUAGACGAUGAUGGCCAGGGGCCUCGCCGCAACAAGUGGUGCGAGGUUGUCCUCAAGCGAGAGGAAGCUCUCCGCCGCCGUGCUGAGGGUCGUCGCGUACACUCGAGGACGAAGAGCAUGUACGUCUAA